GUCAAUUGCAAACACCCUUUCUUUAAUCUUUUUACAUUUUAUCAAUGUCUAGCAUUACUAGUAAAAAGUUACUUACGCUUAUUCUCGUACUCAACGAGAAGGAACAAAAGAUUCUUUUGGGUAUGAAGAAGCGUGGGUUUGGUGUAGGAUUAUACAACGGAUUCGGCGGUAAAGUAGAACCGGGAGAAACCAUUGAAGAAGGUGCUCGACGCGAGCUUCUGGAAGAGUCAGAGCUUGAAGCCGUCGAGAUGGAAAAGAUCGGAAACAACUUAUUCACCUUUGAAAAUGACCCGGUUGGCUUGGAUGUGCAUAUUUACACAACCACACGUUACUUGGGAGAACCCCAUGAGACAGAAGAAAUGAACCCUGAGUGGUUUGCUUAUGCUGAUAUACCUUUUCAUCAAAUGUGGCCUGACGAUAGACUCUGGUUCCCUUAUGUCUUUAACAAGACCAAAUUCACUGGUCAUUUUCAUUUCGCCCAAGAUCAAAAGACUAUACUCAGUCAAGAGUUGAUUGCAGUGCAGCAUCUCGAUUAGUACUUUAUCCCAAACAAUGGUUGUCAACGAGAUAUUAAUAAAAUCAUAAUCGUCAUCCUUUCAAUGCGGGCCCUUUUUUGUCCGCCUUUGUGUAACUGUGGUCACAUCAUUGGGUUAUUUACUUAUAAGGGCAAGACUCUUUAGACUUAGUGGGACGUCUUUAUCCGUCACGUGAUGAAAUUCUCAAAAUAAUAAAUAAACAAACAAUUCCC